AUGGCCCGGCUCUCAGAUUUGAUUCGAGACUCGAAGCUCGAGACGCACUUUGAACCUCACAGCAGCGUCGAGACGGUCCAUACCUACAAUACGCCCGACCCAACAUCGCGCCGACGCCUCGUGCGCAGAUCCGAGCAUUGGAAGCGGCAGAACAAGAUUGGAGGGGGCAGCUAUGGCAGUGUCUGGCUGGAGAAAUGCACCCAGGGCUAUCGCGACGUGCAAGUGCGAGCAAUAAAGCAGAUCGAAAAACAUGAACAAUUCGCGCACAUAGAUUACACCCGGGAACUAGAAGCCAUUGCCAAGUUCUCGCAUGCGAAGUAUGAGCGGUGUUUUGUCAAGUCGUUUGGAUGGUAUGAAAGCCCAGAGCAUCUGUUUAUCGCGAUGGAAUACCUGGACCUGGGCGACCUCCACACCUAUCUGUAUCGCAACCCAGCAUUGCCAGAACACGACGCCAGGGAAGUGACCUAUCAGAUUCUGGAUGGCCUAAACUUGAUGCAUGAGAACGAGUUUUGCCAUCGAGAUAUGAAACCAAGUAAUAUUUUGUUAAAGUCGUGUCCGCCAGAUGAUUGGUGGGUCAAAAUAGCAGACUUUGGCAUCAGCAAACGCACAGAAGAAGGUCUUGGCUUAUCCACCACUGUCAAGGGCACACUCGGAUACAUAGCACCCGAAGUCUACGGAUUCACUGAGCGCGGAAGUCCCCAUGCGGUAGAUAUCUGGGCUGUCGGGGAAAUCGCAUUCCAGAUGUUGACGAAGAAGUCUAGCUUUAAACAUAUCGGAAUUCUGUCGAAAUAUGUAAUCAAUCCAGAGAUAUUUCCCUCUCAACUUCUGCUGGAUGCCCCGGUCACUCAGCUCGGCGUGGAAUUUAUUGUUUCGUUAAUGAACCCAAACCCAGACGAGCGAGUCACGGCCGCAGAGGCGCUGCAAAACGAGUGGAUGGCGCAGCAAUCUUUAUCAAAUGAUGGGCAGGAUACGUCGGCAGCAGAGCCCGCAAACGAAGCAACCUCUGUACCCACGAACGGACCGGUCAUCGAGGACAUGGGUACCUGGAAUACUGCACAUGAAGUAACAUGGGAUACUUCGACUAUCAAGCCAGCCACAGAAAUAUCAGAAGUGCCACUUCCAGGAACUUCUAUUAUCAGGCGAAAAAGUUUACCGAAGGUGACCAUGCUAGCAGAGCUCAAAGGGUCUGGCACGUCCCUUGUCCAGAAAUUCGGCGAUGAUCUGGAGAGACUGCAACUUCAAAGCACUCUAGAUCCAGCUUCGGCGAGAAGUGUUGAAAGCAGCCACUCAGACACCAUAAGCAAGUCAUUUACAUCUACAGAAGUCAAUGAAUCAAUCACACCAACCCUAUCGCCGAUCAGUUCUGGAAUAACAAAAACACAGCCCUACACAAUUGAAAGGAGCCACUCAGGGGCUACAAGCCAGUCAUCCGCAUCUAUUCAAGAGGUGACUUUUGAUGAUAUCAACAAACCGAGUCAAUCCCCCUCCAAUUCUGAACAGACAAAAUCCACACCACCGCCUAAAAAGUCUCUGUGGUCACGGCUAAAGAGAUAUAGGAGGAGAGAGAAAGAAAAUCGAGUUUUCGGUGUUCCCCUUAGUGUCAGCAUACGGUAUGCUAAUGUGGCCAUUUCUCUGACGGACGACAACGGUCAAUCCUUCAUUUACGGCUAUAUACCGAUUAUAGUCGCCAAGUGUGGUGUAUUCCUCAAGAACAAGGGGACAUCAGUAAAGGGUAUUUUUGAUACCGAAGUUUCUGAAAAACGAGUCGAAGAACUCCAAUUCAAGUUCGAUAAUCUAGACACAAUGUACGGUAAAGGCCUUCAGUGGUCAGGCUAUACUGUACACGACGCCGCCUGGGUGCUCCUGACCUAUUUGAAAGGGCUGCCAGAGCCGGUGAUCAUUUUGGAAUUCUACGAAAAAUUCCGCGACCCAAUUCGGUCUUAUCAGAUGUUUCAAAGACAAGAUAUUCCCGAAAUCUAUAUGACGACUAUCGUCACCUAUCAGAAUCUCAUUAGGGAACUUCCUCCUCUAAACAAACAAUUACUGCUAUAUCUCCUCGACAUUCUAGCCGUUUUUGCCUCCAAAUCUGACGAAAAUGGUCUAGAUUCGUUGAGAAUAUCUGCGAUUUUCCAGAUGGCAAUAAUUUGGCAUCCUCAGCAUUACCAUAUCGCGGCAGAAAAUGAUCUGAGCCGAGAUGUUUUGAGCUUUCUUGUUGAGAAUCAAGAUCACUUCCUGUUUGGAAUUGAGAAUCAGCCUCAAGUUCAAUCUCAAGAUGAGCCUGAAGUCCAUAACAACAGGUCUCGCGCAGCUUCUAUAUAA